AUGGUCGGCUGGGAUACAGACAUCAAUUUCGCAAGCGCAUUGCUGCUGCACAGUUGCCUGACCGUGAUCAUCAAAGAAGCUUUGAACGUCAUCUCCAUCGCCUGUCGGCUUGUCCUCGCCCGCAAUGACGAACACGGGAUCGCGCGCUCCGUCGUUCUCGAUGGCUACACCUCGGUGCUCUCCUGCGACUGCGACGGCGACCUCGCGGAGCUGUACUUCACCAACACAGGCCUCUUCCUCCUCGGCGUCUCACUUGCCUCCGCCGUCGCGAUGAACUUGUUCCUCUCCGACCUGAGCCUCAAUAUUCUUGUCUCGUGCACAUUUGGCUUCUGCUGGGUUGCCUCGAUCUUUUCGUGUCGCAAGAGCUGGCUGAUGGUGAUCCUCGCGUUGCGGAGAGCCGGGCGGUUCAUAUGGUCUGAUACGCCCUUUGUGAACUUCUUCACGCUGAUUUACGUCGCGGUUGUCCUGCACGGCGAUUCGACCAUAAGGUUGAAGGAUUACAUCACCCUUCGGAGCAUCGCCAUCAUCGAACUCGUGUUCAUGAAGGCGUACAUUGCCGCGUCGAACAUGGAGAAGCAGAUUGAGCUGCUAAAGUCGCUUUGCAAGUCUCGAUUGGUGCUGUAUGGGGGGCAGUGGUCGCCCAAGAAUCAGCGCCGUGGGAUCUCACCUGUCGAGCGAAACUCCAUCGUCCCGUUUACGUCGACGCAGAGAAUGGCCGUCAUGUUUUUCAAGACGACGGUCGGGCAUGACUACGGAUCAGUUCGGGGGUCGAUGGGUCCUGGAAGCAUACCCGUCCCUCGAAUCGACAACUUCGUUGACGAUAACACGGGUUCCGGGGAAUGGCGUAUCUACCGUCUCCAGGAAGAUGUCAUGCUCAUUGCUGACACACUCCGGAUGACAGACUCCAAGGGUGUGUGGAAAAGGUUCAUCAGCCGGGCGCACGGAGUGUUUCUUAGGAGGUUAGGCAAAAUAAGGGUUGUCUAUCUCCUCAGAGAUCGGGAGAACGAGGUAAAGUCUAACCCAGUAGAGGAUGAGACGUCACGUUGGGUUUCCAACGUCAAUUUUGUCACCGGAGUGAGUAAGUCAACAUUGGAGAAUUUUCGUCCUGCAGAGAGAGAAUUGUUGGAAAGGGGUAUCGUUGUGUAG